AUGAAUUAUAAUCCUGUAAAACGUAAGGAAUUUAAGCCGCUAAAACGGUCGGGAUACAGCAAUGGCGAGCUUCAUCAAAGCACUAUACGUGACUCAAACGAGAAUUUGAAUUGUUUUCAUUCUUAUAACAGUGACCAGAGUAGUAGCGACUCCGACUCCGGCUGUGACUSCGACACCGAAGAAGCGUACGAUUACAUCAGUUUGUUUCAAGUGUGGAUGAACUUUUUGUUUCCAAGAGCGUUUCGCUCGCAACCCGUGCACCGGUGGAUCAAGUCGGCACAUUCGGUGUCGAACUUGCAGARAGAGCGAAGCGCCGGGAAAAUAUUAUCGCCGGUGGGCCGGUGCUCGUUAUUCCCACAAGGAGUGUUCGUGCAAUCCACCACAGAGAAAGACUAUCAAAUUUGUAUGGUAAAACAAAGAGCAGAAAAUCCUUAG